AUGGCGAGGGGCAUGGAAUCGCUGCAAGCGGAAGUGACAACACUGAAGGAGGAAAACGCCGAGCUACGCCGGACGCGAGGUGAAGCGCGUCAGACGUCGCCUGUGGACGAAGGCGAGGGCAACAGUCAAGUGAUGGGCAAUCCUCUGGACGAGCUCACACGUGACUUCGAAGAAGAAGAUAGGCAGCGAGCGGCAGCAGCACCAGUUGCAGUCACGACGAUCAAAAUCAAGCCCGUCAACCCGCCCCCGUUCAAUCCUACGGAUAAAGCGGUUACGGUAAAAGGGUGGCUGUUCGGGGUUGAAGUCUUCUUCACUGCAGCCGGAGUUAAUGACGAUGCCACGCGCAUUAAUUACGCAGUCUCGCUUCUUCGAGGUGCAGCACUUGAAUGGUGGCGCCGGACCUUGGAAACAGGGACGCCGACAGGUGUGACACAUGCGGCAGACGGGACCUCUACAGUGGUUAAUCAAGUUGCAGAACCAAUCUUCGGUGUGACCAAGAUACGCACAUGGAAGGAGUGGGGCGCAGCCUUACGGGAUCGCUUCGAGCACGUAUCCGCCUCGGAGCAAGCUCGCAUGAAGCUGCGUGCAUGGUCGCAGAUGGGAUCUGUCCAAGACUACACGGCGUCAUUUAUGGGCUUCGCCGACCAAAUCGAUGACAUGUCGGAAGCUGAGCGGUUGGAUAAAUACGUGAGCGGCCUUAAGUACGAGAUACAGUUCGAAGUUCGCCGCAGCCGCCCGACAUCGUUCCUCGAAGCAGUACGCGUGGCAGAGUCAACGGAUGCGCUGAUGCAGUACGCGAGAACGGCUUCCAGGGAUGGGAGAGGUUUUCGUGGCCAGACCCAUCGGGCCACAAUCAACGCCGUCCAUACACCCGACCGCCCUCCUAAGGGUCAGUGUUUCCGGUGUGGGAAGGUGGGUCACUGGAAGAACGAAUGCAAGGAGAAAAUGCCGCUGACAGAGAACGACAGGAAGGAGCAGGGAAAUGGGAAGAGUCAGGGUGCGCAGCUGUUCGCCGUCUGCUUGCGCGAGUUGGCAGUCGACACCGACGGAAAGGACAUCGAAAAGCUGUGUGCAGCUGUUCCUCCGGAUUUAGCGGAGCUAAUUCGACAGUACCCCGACAUUUUCCCGGACGAUUUGCCACCUGGGCUGCCACCCGAAAGACCCGAAGACCAUAAAAUCCAGCUGGAACCUGGCGCGCAACCUACUGUUCGGACACAGUGGCGGUUGACCCAGCCGGAACUCGAGGAACUACGCCGACAAAUUAUUGCACAGUUGGAGAAAGGCUUCAUUCGGCCGAGCACCUCCCCGUUCGCGGCACCGAUUCUGUUCACUCCAAAGAAGGACGGCGGGCUUCGCAUGUGCAUCGAUUAUCGCGCGUUGAACCGGGUGACCAUCAAAUCUCGCUACCCAAUCCCACGCACCGACGACCUUCUCGAUCAACUUCGCGGCGCUCGCUACUUCUCGAAAAUCGACUUACGUGGCGGUUACCACCAGAUUCGGGUCUUCGCCGACGACUGUCACAAGACCGCGUUUCGUACACGCUACGGGAGUUACGAAUUUACAGUGAUGCCUUUCGGCCUCACGAACGCGCCUUCGACAUUCCAACUGACCAUGAACAGGGUUUUUCGCGAUCUUCUAGACCGAUGUGUCAUCGUCUAUUUGGACGAUAUCCUGAUUUUUAGCAAGACACGGGAGCAGCAUCUCCGCGACCUGGACGCAGUAUUUAAACGGUUGCAGGAGAACCGCCUCAUCACCAAGGGCUCUAAGUGCGAGUUUUUUAAGCAGGAGUUGGAGUUUUUAGGGCACGUCAUCUCCCGCGACGGCAUUAAAAUUGACCCGGCGAAGAUUAAAACCAUCCAGGAGUGGAAGGCCCCGACUAAUGUCACGGAGCUCCAGAGUUUUUUGGGGUUCGUGAAUUACGUCAGGCGGUUUAUCCCGAAUAUGGCGGGGAUAAUUGGCCCGCUGACUGACCUGCUGCACAAGGACAAGAAUUUCGUGUGGGGGGAGGAGGCAGAGGCGGCUUUCCAGGAGCUCAAGAAUUUUCUCGUUUCCCCUCCUGUGCUGCGCAUCGCCGACCCAUCGAAGCCGUUCGAAGUCGUAACCGACGCCUCUGAUUUCGCCAUCGGAGCAGUGCUUCUCCAGGAUUUCGGGAACGGGCUGCAGCCGAUCGCCUACGAAUCACGCAAGCUGCAAGCUGCCGAACGCAACUACCCGAUCCACGACAAGGAGAUGCUCGCCAUAAUCCACGCGUUUAAACUGUGGCGAUGCUACCUGGUGGGCGCCGACGUCACUGUGCGCACGGACCACAAGUCCCUACAGUACCUGCGAGCUCAACCGAACCUCAACCCGCGACAAAUUCGGUGGCUGGAUUACAUGGAGAGCCACUUCACCUACCGCAUCACGUACAAGAAAGGGGCGAAUAACAUCGCCGACGCCCUGACUAGACCGACCGUACAAUCCGCUGCGGUACUGAUAACCCAUUCGAACCCGCUACUUACAGGACUAUUCACCCACGGCUACACUACGGACCCGUUUUUCACGACAGGCAAUCAUCAGCAAGCCACGACGCAGAAGGGGGAUUAUUACCUAAAAGCCGGCACCGACAGGAUUUGGGUCCCCGCUUACCGGCUACUGCGUGAACUCCUCAUCCAGGAGGUCCACGAUUCGAAUUACUCCGGACACUUCGGGCCAUGA